CGCCAUUUCCGGUUUCGAAGACGUUUCCGUGUAUCUUGUAAACAAGUGGAGAUGCACGUGACGGGCUGAAGGAGGGUUGAGCUUCACACAGUCGAGCGUUUUCUAUUAAAACAAAUUCAUUUGUGAUCUGUUUUAUAGCGGAAUCGAUCUCGGAUGCGCGUUAAUAUUAGAAACUCUGACUACGACUGAAACAAACAUCGCUGUGUCAUCGAUCUCCUUCUUAUUCCUCGUAUCAUGACUCCUGGAGCAUCUGCUGUUAAUGAAAAAGUCUUACAGUACGAGACAUUCAUCAAUGAAGUAUUGAGACGAGAUUUACAGAAGGUCCUGGAGCAGAGAGAUGCUGUGUAUGAGAAAACAGCACAAUACCUUCAGCUGAAGAACACAAUUAAAAGCAUUCAGGAAACUGACAGCAAGGAACUCAAAACCGAUGUCGACCUUGGCUGCAAUUUCUACGUGCAGGCUCACGUGCCUGAUGCAUCAAAAAUAUGUGUGGCAGUCGGAUAUGGAUUCUUUGUCGAAUUCACGCAUGCGGAGGCUUUGAAGUUCAUAGAAAAGAAAACCAAUCAGCUGACAGAGUACGCUGAGGUCCUGACCAAAGACGCAGCGAAGAUCAAGGCCAACAUCCGCAUGGUUCUGGAGGGAUUGAGGGAACUGCAAGGUCUGAAAGAUCUUCCAGAGGACAGAAGGAGAGAGGUGUUUUAGCACAUUUGCACAUAUGAGACUAAUGUUUGUUUCAAACAAUGUGAACUGUGUGUAUCAGGUUCAGAGGAACGUUGUCUUUUAACAGGUUAUACUGUUGUUUUGAAAAGUUUGCUGAAUAAAUUGUAACAUUUUCAGUAGCAAUUAUCAGUGUCAUUGUGAUCAUU